AUGUCUUCUAACGUAUAUUCAAUGCCAUGUUCGAUUGAUGUUCCAUCAACAAUUACUAGUGAUAUCAAAAGACAUUUUACAAAUUCAAUUAAACAAAAAGAUAAUCAUGACAAUAAAUGUGUAGCAUCAUUUCGUGGUCGACCAUUAGACGGCGAACAACUUAAUAUACCUGAUGAUUAUAUUGGUGUUUUAACAAACUCAUCCAAAAUUGUUUCAUCGUUCGAUAAGUUAACAUAUUUCAAUUUGGAUUGUUCAACUUCAAAAAAUGAUUGUUUAGCUCGUAGUAUAGCAUGGCUUUCAUUAGCAAAAAUACUUCAUGAAUAA